AUGAUGGGUCAGGGUGGUGGCAUCUGGGUGGCAUUCGGCGGGCACCACCCAAACGCCCCCAGGCACUACGGCCUGCGCUGGGGGGGACAAGGGCCUGGCCGCAAGGCGCUGGGCGCCCGUCUCUCUGAUUCGGCCAUCCCAGCGGUGUGCAUCCGCCGACAGGCCCCCCUGCACGCCAGCAAAGCCACCGCCCAAGACCAGACCCUGCAGCUUUCUUGGCUACCCCAGAGGUACUUUGCCAGACUGGGUCCCAUUCCGUCCAAUCCCCUGAUUCUCACAGACCAGACCGGACCUCAGGCCAAUCCACAACCUGGAACUGACGCGGACAAGCAAAAGGGCGUUGGGAAGGGGCCCAGAGGGAGGAAGGCAGCCAGACUCCUGGUGUGCAAGGAACCUGAUCGGAACCUGAUCGUCAGGGCCCUGACGGCAGAGGAGACGACGCCUAGGGAGAGAGGGGGCAAGGGAGCGAGCGAGAGAGAAAGAAAUACUCCCCGCUGUGCCCGGCUCGAGAUCCCCCAGCCACGAAUGCCGCUCGCACAUUAAUGCUGCGAUUGGGCCCGUUUCCUGUUCCAUCUCUGCUGGGCCACCUUAUCCUUUUCCGGGGCUCUUGCCUCGUUCAUCGUCUUGUCAAGCCUCCCAUGCCUGGCUUUACCACGUCACCUUGCCUUCCGCCCCCCCUCCACGACUCAUCCAUUCUCAUACCCCAGAAAUCUAUGUGUGGGUGCUACACUCGCGGACUCAAGGACCCUAUUGAGAGUUGCUGAUCCUCCAUAUUCGAGCAUCCUUUGGCCUUGUUGCGCUUUUCGAUCCCAUUUCCCCAUUUCUUCGCCGCAUUUCCCCUCCCAACCCAGCUCCCAGCUACAGGACGGAGGAAUCCGGUGGCAUGUCGACGGGCUGAUAUGCACCCCGGCCUGCCCGACGACCUCUCGCCCGCUCGCCAUUCAAAUCUGGCGGGCGAUAUAAUGGACACUGCGUCGCCAAGACGCCGAGAUUUCGCGAACGCUUUGCUUUUCUCUGAACAUCACCAACGAAUUGCGACAUGGGAUUCUCCGGGCCACUGUUUCCAGCCAACAGGAAAGCAGUGCCGUCUGAGAACAAUCGACAUGUCCAGCCUGCCCGAGUCUGUCUUGUGCACUAAGAGGACUUGGUUGCUGCGGAAUCGCGCCCAAGGUUUUGCUCCCGCCCCGCUUGGGCGGCUGAUCCAGUCAGUCGCCUGCUUGCUUAGGUAUGCCUGUGCACGCCAAAGUCUGGUGGCUGCUUCUCGCCUUAACGCAGAUGGGGAAUCGAAAUCCAAUGCGCGCCAUUAAUGUCCAGGAUACCACGACACCUGCAUACCGUGGUAAGAACCGCCAGCCCCAAAGGUUAGUUCUCCCAAGGAAGUACCUACCACACAGGGUAGCCAGGUGAAUUUCCAAACACCAGCAAUACCUACUGGGGCGGAUACAUUGUGUUGUUGCCGUUUAGUGUCCUUCACACACAGCAAGCACGUCGACGCUGUUGUGGCUCCGAUCCCAGAGCGAAAAUCACCGGGUACAUAUUUACCCCCAAGUUAUUUGUUUAUAGGUGGUUGUUAAGGGCUGCGUGAUGAGUGUCGCACUGACGUUGAGCAUGGGUGGCGGCGGGUCGAGUGGCAGAUACGGCAUGGAGGUUCGCCGGUUUCUAUGAAUGGGAUGGGGUGCCCCUAGUACCGCCCUUCCGCCCCUCACCGCCGGGAUACCUACCAAGAUAAUGGUUCCCUGCCUGGGAGUACCUGCCUUGUUUACUUGUCUACCUCAGUGGAUGGGCGGAAGCCUCCGGCUGGCGCUCAAACGGAGAUGCUGAAUGAACGUCCGGGCAGGUGGGGAAAGUGUAGAUGGCAGCCCGAGCAGCUACGCUACGGCAGCAGGCUCUGAGUGAAUUUCGGGGGCACAAAAAUGAACGGUUGUGCUCCCGGGUAACGGCCACCGCAUGGGUGCGCAUUGUUUGUUUCAGUCACCACAUAUUCAUUGUCCCCACCAUUUCUUCCACUUUUCCUUUCCAUUUCUUCUUUGCGCAGGUUUUAUCAAGUAACGUGAGGCCAGGCUAGCCCACUGCUCUGUCCAAGGACAGACAUCUAAGGUAGGUAGGAGAGGCACGUACCCAUCUUCCCAGGCUCCGAAAUGCCCGCAUUUCAUCUACCGAUCGCCUGCCUAGGAUGACAUUGGUUGGGGUGUUGACGUUG